UAGAAGAGAAAGAAAAAUGGUUUAGUUGGAUAAGGUGAUUGGGUUGAGUUGUAUGAUGACACUGGCACACUGAUACAGUGAAGUGCAGGAGCCAUGGCUUCAUUGGCUUUCACAAGUUUCAUGAUUCAUCCACUACCAUUUCCACCACUCAACACAAAAACUAAGACUAACAACAGCUGCUUCUGCUUCCCUGUUUGUAGAUUUGUUUCAUCUUCAGAGAAGUUCAAUUUUUUUUCACUUUCACCCCUGCCAAAACCCACCCAUGCCACUGCUUCUUCAAGUGACCAACACAGCCAACAACACGAGGAGGAAGAAGAUAAUGACAACAACGAUGAAAACUUUGAGGUGCUUACAGCCAUUAGAAGCAAGUUCAAUGACAUUGUAAUUGUAGACACUUCCACUUCCAGAAUGUUGCUUCUUGAUCAUACUAAUAAUGUUCAUAGCAUUCUCAACAAGGGUCUUCAGAAAUGGACUGAUUGUUACUGGGAUGAGUUUGCUAGCUUGCCAGCCAUUGUUCCAAAGGGUCCUAUUGCAAUCUAUGGCUUGGGGGGUGGAACAGCUGCACAUCUGUUGCUUGACUUAUGGCCUUCUUUGCAGCUUGAAGGAUGGGAGAUUGAUGAAAUUUUGAUUGAUAAAGCAAGAGAUUAUUUUGGGUUAUUGGAUCUGGAGAAGCCUACUGAAGCUGGUGGUGUACUUCAUGUUUGUAUCGGUGAUGUGUUUUCUCCCUCUGAAACUGUUGCUGGAAGAUAUGCUGGUGAGAUUUACUUUAAAAUUGGCAUUAUCAUAGACUUGUUUUCAGAAGGAAAGGUCCUGGAACAGUUACAAGAGCCUGCAACUUGGUUGAAAUUGAAAGAAAGAUUAAUGCCCAACGGGCGUUUCAUGAUCAACUGCGGUGGCAUUGUUGGCGAAGCAUCUGAUACAAGCCCACCCAAGUCAGUACAUGACAGAUGGAUGCAGAAUUCUACUAUCAAGGCACUGUCAGAAGCAUUUCCCGGUGAAUUAUGCUGGAAGAGAAUGCCAAAAAGAAAUGGUGAGAACUUUCUUGCAUUGACAGGACCUUUACCUGAUUUGAGUUUGUGGUCUGAUAAUGUGCCAAGUCCUUUGAGUGAAAAUGUGAAACAAUGGAAGCCUUGUUCAUCUUCUCCAUGAUAGAUGUUUUUCUCUUCACAUGGUUGUUACUAUUCACAAUUUUUUCACCAGUCAAAUCAUGAAGCUUGUACUGAUUAUAACAAUUUUCAUUGUUCAUCCAUCUAUACACAUUGGUGUUACUUGUUCAA